AUGAGCUCGUACGUAGCCAAUUCAUUCUAUAAGCAGAGUCAAAAUGUUCCAGCCUAUUCCAUGCAAAGUUAUGGGAAUUAUGGAUCUGUAUCCGAGGUCCCUUCAUCCAGGUAUUGCUACAGUGGGUUGGAUCUGAGCAUUACAUUCCCAUCUCCGGGUUCUUCAAACUCUCUAAACGGUCUGGACAUGCCUUCAAACCCCACUACAAACUCUGAUCGGCCUUCCUGUAAUGUCAUGGGCACUUCGGGGCACACACUGGGUAGAGGAGAGCAAGGUGCCCUCAGCCCUGGGAUUUACAAUCAGAAAGCGGGGAGCACUUCGUUGGAGGACAGAUCUAAAGGGAUUGAGAACAUCAAAUCAGAACCGGUACAAACAACUCCACAAGGACAGCAACAACCACCACAGGCACAGCCACAGCAGACGCAGCAGCAGCAGCAGCAGCAGCAGCAGCAGCCCACCCCAAAUAUACCCCUGGAUGACCAAACUGCACAUGAGCCAUGAAACUGAUGGCAAGCGUUCCCGAACAAGCUACACUCGAUACCAAACCCUGGAACUAGAGAAAGAAUUCCAUUUUAACAGAUACCUGACACGUCGCAGGCGCAUUGAAAUAGCCAACAACUUAUGUUUAAACGAGAGGCAGAUCAAGAUCUGGUUCCAAAACCGAAGGAUGAAGUGGAAGAAGGAUUGUAAAGUCAAAACCAAAGACUCCCUUUAA